CCGUCUCGAUCUCCAUCCGCCCAGCAUCCAGCACAGCAAGCCAGCACAGCAUGUCCGAAGAAGAGCAGCUCAGCAUGCUGCAGCGCAUCUCGUCCUGGACCGAUGAGGAGAGAGCAGAUUUCGCCGUGCGAAUCCUGCUUGAGACGCCGUCGGUGAUCCUACCUCGGAUAUCCAGCAAGCUGCAAGCAAUCCUUCAUCGGGACCACCUGUCGGGCCUUCCUCCUGAAAUCAUCACAAGGAUCCUCUCGUGCACCGAUCCGCGGACCCUGAGUCGAGUCGCCCGUCUCUCGCGGAAAAUGAACGAGUAUGCCACCGACAGCGGCCUGUGGCGGAUCCUCUACAAGCAGCAGGGCUGGACCGUCAACGAGGAGUUUCUGGACGACUGGGUCAAGAUGGGCAAUCACAACACCGUCACAAUCUCCUUCCAUGCCUCGUCCAAGCGACGGCUCUCGCACCAGAUCGACAACCCGAGCGAUGCCAUGUCCACGAGGCAUUCGCUCACCGGGUCGUCGCGGGACAACCAGAGCGUGCUUGGCGAUUAUCCGACCUCGAUUGCCACCAGCACCGGGUCUGUGCACGAGCCCUGGCAUUACGAAGAUCCCGUGGACGAGGACACCGACUCGGCAUAUCAGAACGAUCCGUCGUCGGCAAUCGCAGGAACCCCACCGCGCGAUGCCGCUGCCCCAUCGGUCCGGCCCCUCAACGUUGCAUCGCUGCCCCGAUCGAUCCCCAGGCCCAGUUCUUCGUCUGCCCACGCAGAUUCUCCGCUCGCGACGUCACCGUACACGCCUGCCCCGCGGCAGCUCUCAUCGUCGCUUCACGAGUCGCCGCUGAUGGCAGGCUCCCCGUCGGCCGGUGCACGCCCGUUCAAUCUGUCGUUUUCGAUCAAGGGCUCUGGCGGGGCGGGCUCCGGACCGUCGCCGAGCCACCUGGCCCGCCGGGGAUCCGAGCGGUUCCACCACCUCGACUGGCGGUACAUCUACCGACAGCGCAUGCUGCUUGAGAAGAACUGGGCAAGCCUCAAGUUCAAGAAGCGGGAGAUCAAAGGCCACCAGGAGGCAGUGUACUGUCUGCAGUUUGACGACGACAAGAUUGUCUCUGGGAGCCGAGAUGACACCAUCAAGAUAUGGGAUAUGAAAACGGGUGCCCUACGGCACACCCUGAUCGGCCACGGCGCCUCUGUGCUCUGUCUGCAGUACGACGCCCACUACAUUGUCUCGGGCUCGUCCGAUGCCACCAUCAUUGUCUGGAACCUUGCCUCGGCCACGCCGCUCAAGACCCUGGUCGGUCACACCGAGCACAUCCUGGGGCUGCGAUUCGAUUCGCAGUACAUUGUCAGCUGCUCCAAGGACAAGACGGCGCGGAUAUGGGAUUUCGAGACCGGCAAUCUGCUCAAAAGCCUGCGGGGCCAUCGGGCCGCCGUCAACGCUAUCCAGUUCAAGAACAGCAUGGUCGUCACAGGCAGUGGCGACCGGACAAUCAAAGUGUGGUCCGUUCGAGACGGCCGGUUGAUCCGAACGUUGAUGGGACACGAGCGGGGGAUAGCCAGCCUCCAUUUUGACGGGCAAACCAUCAUAUCGGGGUCGUCAGACUUUACGAUCAAGGUUUGGAAUAUACGCCAGGAUGACUGCCUCCAAACGCUGCAGGGCCACGAGGAACUUGUGCGGACAGUCCAGUUCAACCGCUUCCGCAUCGUCUCGGGCGACUACAAGGGCGUCAUCAAGAUCUGGGACCGGCAUACAAACACCGUCCUGAACAUGAACGCACACACAUCCAAGGUCUUCAAACUGCAGUUCAGCGACACCAAGAUCAUCAGCUGCAGCCAGGACCAGACGAUUUCCAUCUGGGACUUUUCGCAGAACGUCGACACCCGCUUUUUCAGCUGAAGAGCUUGCGUUUGUCCCGCAGCAUCGCUCCGAUGCAUAACAACAAAACAACAAAACAACAACAGCAUCAACCAGCAAUAACAACAACAACAACCCAUCUUUCACGUGCCAGCGCGGGCGAGACCACGGCGAGAAGCGGGAUGCGCGCUCGCUGUGCCAGACCCUGGCCACCAGCUUCGUCCUGCACACGGCUCCCACCACCACCGCCGUUUGCUC